AUGAAACAAGUUAGAUUCAAUAAUUAAUCUAAUUCUCCAAGGGAAAUAGGAUUGUUUAGAUAAUGCAUAAGGUUUUAGCCCAAAGAGAGAUCACCGUAACCUAAUGAGGAAGAUGCUAUGAUGUAUUCAAAACUUCGACGAUUUGGAUUGGUGAGGGAUAAGGCAUUGAAGUAUUGUUUGGCUGAUCACUGUAAAUUUGAUGCUUCACAAUGUAAACAUGGACCUCCGAAUUAUAAAAUAUUUUCAACCUCACUUGAUAAAUAAAAAAUAAUUAGGGGUUGGCAAAUGGUUGGAAAAUUGAAGGAGAGCAGUUCUGAGAAGUUUCAAAAGGCUAAGGGAGACGAUGGGUUGAUGCAAUAUCGAAAUUAAGAAGAAUAGAAAAAAUUUGAAAGGCUAAAGAACUAUUUCUUAGGCUUAAGUAAUUCCAGUAAAUAAGUAAAGCUUCCUUAAUUUCAAAUGGGAAAUGGAAAAGAUCAUUACUUUGAAUUAGCAGACUAUUACGAGCAAAUAAAGCCAUUGUCUAGGACAUUAAUAACUGACACCGAAUCAUUUGAUGAUAUUAUUCCAAAAUAAAUAAGAGAACAAUUCAGAAUAGAACCCAGAGUGUAGAGACCAGCUCUAAAAAGAACAGAUGAAGAGAAGGGAUUGAAGUCAAGAUUAAAAGCAUUACAUGAGUUGAUUGAGACUUACAGAGAAGCGGGAAGUCCAAACGAUCCUUCCAUUGAAAUUAUGUUAGAGUAGUUCAAUCCCAAAGUUGAUGAUGAAAGACAACGUUAGGAGUUUCCAAAUAUUGGUUUAUCGAAAGAACAAAUUUUUACUGAUGAAGGAAGUGCAACUGCCAAAAAAAGAUGCAGUGUAUUAAGCCAUCGGUUUUCUAAAUUUUAACCAUUUGAAGAAUAAAGAAAAAAUUAAUAAUUUUAAUAAAAGCUUGAUAAAUUAGUCACAAAAGUUAUUGGUCGGAUAAAUUGUAAAUUUGAUGGAACUUUGUUUGGUAAAGAUUUCUUAAAUUCAUGA